GAAGAUAGUGACAUUGCAGAUUGUUCAUGGAAAACGGCAGUACGCAAAAAAUCGAAAAAGAGGCCAAGGGUUAGAAGCAAUAGUGAUGGAGUGUUACAUGAAAAGAAUAACAAAAUACCCAAAUUCUCCCGCUCGACACCAACUCAUUCUGAGGGUAAAGUAGUUAUUGUUGGAUUGGAGAAUAAGAAUGUGUGCAGAGCCAACCCCGUGAAGGUUGUAAAACAAAUUCAUGAUCUUGUAGGCAGAGUAAAAGAUAUGGUAAAAGAAAGAAACAUGUUGAUUGUGAGAUGUGAGAGCGAAAACCAAAUACCCAAACUGUUGGAAUUAACCCAGUUGGCGGGCAUUAAUGUGAAAGUUACACGAUACGAUGGGAGCCAAUCAACCACUAAAGGAGUUAUUCACAAGAUUGAUCCCCAAAUCAGUAACGAGGAAAUAGAGGAAGUUUUGAAAGAACAGAAUGUAGUGAACGCUAAAAGAUUUAUGAAGAAGAUCAAAGGAGAAAUGGUAGCAACCCCUUCCGUUCUCCUCACUUUCAAGGGUAAAAACUUACCCGAAUCCAUACAUUUUCUGUAUGAGGUAAAGCAAGUGGAUGACUAUAUCCCUCCUGUGCCGCGAUGCCAUAAAUGUCAGUUAUUCGGACACAUUAGGCAAACUUGUAAAGGCAAUAUCCGAUGUGUUAGAUGCGGGGGAGAACAUGAGUUCGAAGAUUGCCCUAAUAAGGAGAACCCUAAAUGCCUCAGAUGUGGUGAAAACCACUCUGCAGCUUACCAAGGUUGUAAAUUUUAUGCAGAGGCGAAGCAAAUUCAAAAAAUAAAAUUACAGGAAAACCUCACUUAUGCCCAAGCGGCCAAGGCCCAUCGUGCACAGAUACAUGAAAAUGCCGUUACUGACAUGGAUAAUCAGAAAGACAUGGGUAGUGCAAAUCUAAACAAACCUGCCAAAAAACAUAACACAGAAUCAAGGCCAAAUAACCCUCAGAGAGCCAAUCCGAAUCCUCAGAGAGCCAAUCCGAACCCUCAGGCCCAUACCCCACACACAGUACGAGAAAGAAAGGGACAGGAAGAAAGGGACAGGGCAAUACCCAGAUCUCAUUCCCAGAUCCCAAUUCCAGUACGAAAAACAAAGAAGGAAACUGCAACCCAAACUCCAGUAAAUAUGACAUCUAUUGAUUUGAUUAUGUUUAUUCUGUUUGUGGUACGACAGUUGCCUCAGUCCAGUAAUGAUGAUAAUUUCUUGGAAGCGGUAGUUAGAGCAGGCAAAGAAAUUUUGAAGGUAGACAUUACCAUGGAAAUGGUAAAAAGUCGCCUCAUAUAACUAAUAAGUCCAUAUCAGACCUAUUGAUUGUACAAUGGAACGCACAAGGCUUGACGGCGCAUGGCGCAAACUUUUUAUCUUCCCUUAUUGAUAACAAUUUGUUAGGUAUUCACCCAGAUAUAAUGUGCAUCCAAGAAACUUGGUUUAACGAUUUUAAUGUUUUGUCUAUACCCAAUUACGUUUGUGUUUGUAAAAACAGGCCGGACGGCAGAAGAGGUGGUUUGGUGAUGUAUUUAAAAAACGACAUCACUUUUCAGGCGAUGGAUACACCCAGGAACGCCGAAUACCAAAAAGUUGAUAUUUUUUGUAAAAACGGAGUUAUCUCAAUCUUCAACUAUUAUAAUCCGUGUAAAAAGAUUGAACUGAUAGAUCUAAAUAACAUGAUAAGAAAUGUGCCGGGGAAGUAUUUGAUUCUAGGCGACUUUAAUAGUCACAAUCCUCUAUGGGGGAGCAACAAAUUAGACACAAACGGUAGAACUGUGGAGUCUUUUAUAGAAAAUAAUGAUUUGGUUUUAUUAAAUGAUGGAUCUCCUACAAGGUUAGAC